AAGCGAAACACUUGAGCAUAAUCUCAUUGUGCAAAACUAUACAAAUCAAAGCGAAAGACAAUCAUUCCAUAGUGCAAUUUCCUUUAAAAUGGAUUCAAAAUCUUGCGUAGUUGUAAUCGCUCUUGUGGCAGUAUCUUCUGGCUUGCAGUUACAGACUUUUCACAACACAACAGUAGUUAUUGAAGCAGGAUUUCCUGGGACACACCGAGGUGUGAAUGUGAACUUAAGCAGCACACCAUAUUUGCCACUAGUGAGAUACAAUAAUAUUCUCUACUAUUUUGGAACAAUUUUACCGGGUAAUAAAGAACAAGUUGACCUUUUCUGCAACUAUCAUAAUAUGAAGUUGGUCAGUAUCCAAAGCGCCGAAGAGAGUGAAAAUUUAAUAGCUGGAUUAGAAGCUUUCUUUCAGUCGUCAGAAGUCGUACUUUUCUGGACAUCGGGUAGAAGGCAUGACAAUUUCUGGAGAUGGGAUUCUACCGGUCGACCAAUCCAUUAUACAAACUGGGAAAAAGGAGAACCAAACAACUCUGGUGGAACUGAAAACUGUCUUCAACUACGUUUCAAUACUAUUUCUAAAACGUUGCAGUGGAACGAUUGCGCUUGUGAUGCAAGCUCCUAUUUUAUAUGCGAAAGUAGAGACUGAAAAUAAAUCCUAAAUCUGGUAGGAAUAAUCCAAUAAAUAUUUUUUUUUUAUAUUUAAAAGUUAUAAAACUGUUUUGAAAUUAUCAGUUGUUACAUGAAAUCAAG